CCCCCUUAGAGCGUAGUACGUGGCCCUCGCCGUGCUGCCUGGAAACCCCGUGCUCGCAGUGAGGGAGCCGCGGUCAGUGCGCCAUUAGCUGCCCUCCGGAGCUGUGUGUGAGGAUUACCGUGCCGGACACCUGGACCCUCCGCAGCCAGCACCCGGAACCCUCCCCGGACACCGGCCUGACGACGGGACGGACCGACCCCGACUGACCGCCCUGUGUGGGCUCGGAACCAACGCCUAGGCCUCAGCCGCCCUUUGUGCCCACCCCGGGCCCCGCUCGGAGCCGCAGGACUGGACUGUGUGACACCGCACACGGACUGAGUUACCGGAACACACGGACUUGGACUGAGUGCUCUGGGACAUAGCUCGGCCCGCGGGCCUUGGAACUGUUGGACAGUUGUGUCAUUGGAAGACUCAGCCAUUCUGGGACUUACUAUUUAACCUCCUUGUGAAGACCGUGGUGUGUGUGUAAGGGGUGGGGGGAGUGUUGGGUUGGGGGCCCCACUGAGGGGCCCCCCGCCCCCUUUAUUUCUGUGUCGUGCCCGUCCUAGGCCUUGGUGUGCUGUGAGUGUGUGUGUGUGUGUGUGUGUGUGUGUGUGCUGGCCAUGUGUGAGAUCUGGUCUCUCUGUCCCUGUUCUGUCUGAGCCCUUUCCAUUAUUUAGACUACUGCACCCCCAUACCCCCCAAUAACCAGCUAACAUGUCGUGUGUGCAUUACAAGUUUUCCUCCAAACUCAACUAUGAUACGGUGACCUUUGAUGGCCUGCACAUCUCCUUGUGCGACCUCAAGAAGCAGAUCAUGGGGAGAGAGAGGCUGAAGGCUGCUGACUGCGAUCUGCAGAUCACCAAUGCUCAAACACAGGAAGGUAAGGAGCCUCCAACACUUGCUAUGGGCGAGGAGGGUUAAGCAAUCAUUGGCACUCCCCAAACUGCUGUGUGUUAUGUUUCCCAUUGUGUGCAAUGGGGCCCAGGCUUUAGGCCAGGAGUAGGCAACCUUCCGCACUCCAGAUGUGAACUACAUUUCUCCUGAUGCUUUGUCAGCAUUACCACUGCAAGAGCAUUGUGGGAGAUGUAGCCCACAAUUUGUAUAGUGCCAAAGAUUGCCAACCCGUGCUGUGGGCCUUGAAACCAUUAUUGUUGACUGCUUUUUCAUUUUAAGGCACUAAGAUGUCUGGUCAGCCUGAGGUGCCUCUGGGCUACAGAUGGGUACACUUUGCUGGUCCAGUUGUCUUCAGUUUCAUUUGUAACAUUUGAACUGCAAGCAGCCAUUCAUGUCUCUGUUUUAUCAUUUGUAAUAUUGAGAUGACGAAUGUUUCUGCUACUGCUGUGUAGUCUCUUACUAUAGUGUUGGGAGCAAGGAGCCUAUUCAUAAUUUGCUCAUGGUCUACUACAAUAAGUUUGAUUGGAAAACAUGGGAGGGGGGAGGGAGUAAUGUUAACCUUAUACUUUUAGCAUUUAAACAUGUUUUAUCGUCAUGAACAAAAUAACAGGAGAGCAACAUUAUUUGAGUGUUAUCUUUGAUGUGAAAAUUCAGGCAGUUCCUAGGUUGAUUGCCUCACGGUCUAUUGUAUACAUUGCAUGUUAUAUAGUGUUUAUCUUAUUUCACUAGUAAACUGGUUUGGGCAUUACUUUUAUCAGCUAAAUAUAUUUGCACCAAUACAUGCAGGCUAAAAGACUCCCCUCUGAUAAGUUAAUGGUUUGUCUGGCAUUAGAACUCCUGUGGGUUCUCAGUUUGAGUCAAAGCCCAUUAAAUGAAUUUCUGUUUCAUGGUUCUGCUGCAUAGUUACUACUGUUAUGAAAAGUUAAUGGAUUGUUGUAUUGUAAGGAUCAUUUUCCAGUGUAUAAAAUUGAUUAUUUGUGUAUCAUUCCCCAUGCAUAUUACAAAGUCAAAGCUUUAAAUAUGUGAAAGGUGUAAUUCACAAUUACUUGGUUAGAAUUACAAAAGACCUCUCUCAAAGGAGCCUGUAUGUAAAUUUAGGUCGUUAUCCAUCCUACCUUUGUGCAGCACAAGCUACUCUUGUAUGAUUAUGUAGUACCAUUUAAUUAUUGUGUAAUUAGGUUAUGCAACAAUUAAAAUGCACACAACAGGUAUUUUCACGUUAGCCAAACCACACCCACCUUAUGGUGUUCUUGUUGUGUUCGUGGGGCAAGAUGUUCUGUUUUUCUAAUUUUAUUGUUUGUUUGUUUUUUUUUCUUUGUAUUUUGAAGCGGUUAUUGUACAUGCCUCAUCCGCUUCCUGUUUGUUUUAAUAUGACUUCCUGUUUAGGAAAACGGCAGUAAAGGGCCAUGUUUUCACAGCCUGGUCAAAAUGGCAAUUUGAUAUUUUUUACUUUGUAUGGAGGUAUUUACAAAUAGACUUCUUGGCCCUACGUUUUUUUUUUUUUUUGUUUGUAUUAAAUGUUUCAGUUUAUCGAAUUCUUACCUUAAUUCGGAGGCAUGGAGAACAUAGUUUCUAAUGUUAUCUUCCUGUGAUCAAUGGCUCACAUUAAUAAAGAUCUUGAUACUUUUGUUUAAUAAAAUGAUCUUGUGUGAAGCUAUCCGUAUAUUGAAACUGUAUGUUAACACACUUGCAUCUCGUAACAAAGAGCUUGCCACAUUGCAGGGAACAAAGCUAGAUUUUUCUUGUUGCUGUCCCUUUAAGAGAACAGCCUUGCUAAACAAAGAAAGACAACAUGGCCGUUGGUUUUACAUGCUGAUGCCGCUUUGUCAGUCAGCUGCACAUACUGGUUGAAGCAAUUGUGCUUGUUGGGUUUGAUCGGUUAUGUGUUAUUGAAUACUGUAACACAGUGAACUGCUAUAAAGCUUUGCUGCCAGGGUUUGGUCGUAUUGCUGGCAUAGCACAUUGUCUAUUAAAGCAAUGCAGUGUUGGACCAGGAAACUGUCUCCUUUCUUCUCUAUUGAAAAGGAACAUUAUGUUCUAUAUGCCGUGUGCACGUGUACAAAUAGACUUUUUUUUUCUUAGAUAUAUUGAAGGCACAAACAAUGGACUGUGUUGCUGGUUUUCCUAUCAAGUUGUUCACAUCUAGCACUGUAUGUGCACUUGUGUAUUUGGCACUGCAGAUGUUUGAACUACAUUUCCCUUGAUGCACCUCAAGGAGCUUAUGAACAAAUAUCUUAACCAUUGCAGAGAAAAAUGUUUUUUUGUUUUGUUUUGUUUUUUAAAUAUCAGCUAUUUGCAUUGGUUGUUUUGUUUUUUCUGUUCAAUUGAUGAUCCCCCUUUAACUAGAUUUUAAACAUUUUUGUUUUGAAUAAUGUAUAUCUGAAGCACACGGGUACGUAUAUGAAGAUUAUUGGUCUUUGAUAGAAAUGGUUCAUCCUUGCUCUUCGAUUUAACAUUUUUAACCCAGUUUGCCUUUAAACUUAUUUGAGCUUCAUAUAAAGAAUCCCUUUCAUUUGUCUAGGCCUCUAUAAAGCUUAAAAGUAAUAGCUAUUUUUUCUUAUUAAUUUCCAACAGAUUAGUUUUUCUUUUUUUCCUAGCGCUUGAAUUUAAGGCAGCCAUUUUAGAAGUUUCUCAUUUUGCAUUCUUCUUUUUCUGAAUUUUAAACCAUGUUUGAUGAUGUAAUGCUAAACAAGCAUCCCCAGCAGCCCAUUCCCUCUGUGCAGCAGCAGUGGGCGACUGUGAUUGGCUUAAUGUCAGCUGGCUGAUUACAGCCUCCCAGCACCAAGUGCUGUUAUGAAUAGGUAUGCCUUAGUUACACCUCCACAGGGUCCGAGCUAUGAAUGGCUAGGGACCAUUAUUUACUGUUAAACUGCUUGAAAUGGUUUAACACUGAAUAUAAGGAUCGUGCCAGAAGGCUCCAGGCACUAUACCAUUUUCUAUGAGAUAAAAUGGCCAUAGUUAUUACAAUGUCCUUUUUAAUUUCUCUACGCCGGGUGUAGGCAACAUUUUUAGCAGCACGGUGCCAAAAUAGAAUUGUGAUGUCCUGUUUUUUUUAAAUUGAAGUGUGAAUGCUGCCGUAUUCUGCUUGUUAUUUUUUCUGCAGUUGUAUUUGUGCGUAUAUGAGCUAUUAUAUUGUAUAUGUUCAUGAGUAGUUUGUGGUAAUGUUUAUACCUAUGAAUGGGGGCUGCUUGUGAAAGUGUGUGCGUGGAUGGAAAUGUCACAUUGUUUGGUGCUGUGUGUAUGGGGCUGUUUGGGGUAUUGCACGUGAGAGGCUGCAUGCGGGGCUGUGUGCAUGUAUGUGGAUUGUUAUGGUGUUGCGUUUGUGCGGAUUGUGUGUAGGCUGUUGAUAUUAUUUGUAUGAGGGUAGGGUUAUUCUGCAUUUCUGUGUGUGUGUGUAUAUAGCAAUGUGGAUGGCUUCCCUGGGUUACAGUGGGGGCAAGGUAUAGCUCAAGUACAGGAGCUACAACAGCAUCUGCAGGCUGCUCUAUUCCAGUGUGGAUUCCCAUUCACAAGUGCUGGGAGGAAGUGAUCAGAGAUCACUUCCUCUACGUGCUGCAAUGCAUAAAUUGAGGAUUGUCCUUCACUACCUUUUUCAUAUUAGCAGAAAUCUGCUGUUUCACUGGGACUCCUGAUAGGCCGGAGCCUGUUUGGCUCUAGCAGCUUUGAGUGCCGUGCAUGGCACAUGUGCUAUAGGUUUCCUACCCCUGCUCUAUGCUUUGCCUUUGCAGAUUGCAAGGUUCAAAGGACAGAGUUUAUAACUGUGAUUGACAAGGACCGACGAUGGAGUGUGGAUUUCUAAAUUUAAUUCAAUGUUUUACACUUCACAAACAUAUUUUGUAAAAUAUUAGGAUAAAUAAACUAAAUAAAAAUCAUGUUUAGUGGCAGUUCCUUUUUCAAAGGGAAUUGUGUGGCACAUGCCCUUGUAAUAUAGAUAUUCUGUUGCCCUUUUUGAAUCUGCUUUAACCAUUUUUGAAUAUGUACCCUUUUUUUCACUCACAUCAAAUUUUUUAAAGGAACAUUAUAGGGUCAGGAAAACAAACCUGUAUUCCUGACCUUAUAGCACAAACCCCACCAUAUACGUGACUUGCCCCUCCAUCCCACUUAAAGCAUGAAAAACGCACCUUAUUUCCAGCACCGUGCGGGUCCACUGGCCCUGCCCCCUUGGUGACAUCAGAAUUGCCAAAUUGUAGCCAAUCCAAUGCUUUCCCAUGUGGAAAGCAUUGAAUUAGUUAAAAUCGGCAAGGGGGCAGGACCAAACAUUGUUUUGGCCAAUCAGCACCUCCUCAUAGAGAUGCAUUGAAUCAAUGCAUUUCUAUGAGGAAAAUUCAGCUCUGCAUGGGGACGCUGAACGGCAGAGCUGCCUACUGUGCAGCACUGCCCCAGGAAGCACCUCCAGUGGCCAUCUGAGGAGUGUCCCUAGGGGCAAUGUAAACACUGCCUUUUCUCAGAAAAAGCAGUGUUUGCGUUAAAAUGCCUGCAUAUAAUGAUUUACCAGAACUACAUUAAGCUGUAGUUGUUCUAAUGACUAUAGUGUUCCCUUUAAUAUUUCCGGCAAUUUUUCACCAUAAGUGUCAGAUUUCUGCCACUGUAAAUUUGACUACCUUUUUGUUUUUGCCUAUCCAGUGUAAUUUUCUGUGUAAAAUGUGGUUUGGUUUUAAAAUUGCUUAGGCAGAAAAGUUAAUCUGAGAUCUGUUUGUUUAUAAUCACGUUUUACUGGAGAUCCACUCAUUUUCUCACCAUGAAUCUGUAGCUCUUUAAAUUUAUCAUGUUUUGAGGCAGGCACUGUUUGGAAUGAGUUUAGGUUUUAAUGUUACAUUUAGGAAGCCUCCAAACGUUUGAUUACUUGUGGUGUUUUCGCUCCCAUUUAGAUAUUUGUGUGGUCCUGUCCCAUUAAUGUUUUUUCUUUCUCCCUUGUGUUACAGAGUAUACAGAUGAUGCAGCACUGAUUCCUAAAAAUUCAUCAGUCAUCGUACGGAGAAUUCCUAUCGGAGGCGUUAAAACAUCAAGCAAAACAUAUGUCAUGUAAGUACAUUUGUAAUAUGUUUGGGGACACUCUUUGUGCAUGGAAGUAUCUUUUCUCACCGUGUAGAAGUUUUGAAAAGUACCAGUUUUUGGGCUAUUUUUAAAUUGGUAAUUUAAGCAUGGCCAAACACAAAUUCUAAUUAAUCAUACAGAGCGUAUAGUAGUAGUAGUAGUAGUAGUAUGGUCUAAUAUAAAGUGCAUAGCGUAAAAGUACAGCACAGAUCUCUGGCUAUGAACCAAGCUUUAGAUUUUAUCCAGAAAAUACUGGUAACAUAAAAUUAAACAGAACCAUUGGUAAUGGAGAGCAAGACAGAAAAUAAAACAACGUUGGAGAGGGGGGGACCCAUAGUUGUCAGUUCAGGCACUCACUGACUUGUAAUAUCCUAUAACCUUACGGUUAUACUAGUUUAACCCCUUCCUGGCAUUAGGGCGUGCCAUGUCAUAACUACAAAAGGGAUACUUUAGGGCAGCAUAGUACACCCUAAUGAUCUUGCCCGGAUACUUAAGCGCCUGCCUAACAGCCCAAUUAAGCCGAUCCGAGUCAUGAUUGAAUUGACGCUGCGAUCACAUAACUCGGACUGGCUGCAGGGGGAUUGCCUGGUUUAUCGGGCAGGUCCCCCACUAUAUAAUUUUAUUUAAUAGGGAAUAUCCGCUUAUAAAACCCUUUCCAUUUUGUUGGCAUCUGUGUUCUUUGAUCUUUCCUUUUCUCCUGAAAUACUAAUUUAUUUAUUCUUCUCUCUUUGUUUUCUUGUGUUCUAGAAGUCGUUCCGAGCCAGUGAGUGGAACAUCAAAAGCAGUAUGUAAAAACACAAUCACACUUUCCUUAUACAUUACUCUUAAAUAACUGAAACAGCAAGAUCCCCUCUUCUCCCUGCUCAUUUUAUGUUAAUAUUUUGUGUGGGUUUAAAGAACUUUUGUGGGUUUAAAGAAGUAUUUAAAGUGUAAAUACUAUGUAUUGCUCGUCCUGAUUUGAAUCCAUGCCUAACCUGCACUUUGUAAGUGCGUGCACAUGAAUGCACUGUGUUUCAUAUUGAAUGAUAGCCUACGUCCUGUACCAUCACAGGGAGUUGUACCGUCUGUAUGAUCGGUCGCAGGUCACACUUGUGAACAUGUUGCCAUGUUCUGUUUCAGGAUCUGUUUUGUAUAGAUCUGUUAUCUUGUGUACUGCAAUAAAAAUAUAUUUCAUGUUUCAACCUUUUCACGCUGUAAACAUUCCUGUUUUACCAAGGUUUAUAUUUUGCUCUAUUACACUAAUAGGCAGUGACUAAUCUGCAUUCCUGUUUAUUUUGUAUAUGUAUUGUACUUUGUUCUUUUUAAAGAUUUAAACAUUGCAUUGAUUUCCAAAGAAUUGUGUUCUAUGUGCACUAUAAUAUCUGUAUUAAUGAUUAAACGCCAAAUGUUAAUCUGUUUACACACAGUUCUAAUGAUUUGCUAGUAUUGGUCACAUGUGACAUUUCAAAAGCAUGAAAGGGUCCUAUUCCUUUUCGUUUGUGUGGGUGUGUACUAAAUAUCACGGGUCUUUUAAAACUGCAGUAAAACCAAAUAGUCUUCUUAGCAUUGUGUAACACACACGUUUUAGGUGUUUAGGAAUUUAACAUGUACCUUAGAGAACCAUGAUCAGAUUUUCACUUUUUUUUUUUUUAAGAUUACAUUUAAUGAACCUUUUAAUGUAGCUUCACACAGAGCAGUUAAAGCAGUGGGUCAGACAAUAUUAAAAUUUGGGCCCCCAAAAUUAAAUAUAAAAAUCAUGUAGUGGAAAUUUGAUGACCGUUAACCUUUAAUAGAGAGGCUUACUCUGGUUUAGUAGAAACUCGAGUGCUAGACAGUGGUUAUUCAGAUAGGAAAGGUACAUGCAUAUGUUGCAAAGUGAAGGGCCGUAAACUACGAUUUGUUAAAGGAAUGCUAUAAGGUCUGGAACACAAACAUGUAUUCCUGACUCUCUAGUAUUAAAACACCACUCCUAAAUGUAGGAGAAUGUUACCUUCAUUCGGCUGGCGCUGGCUUUGCCCCUGAUCUGCCUCCUUGGCCGUCAUCAGUGGUGGUCUCAGCCAAUCACAAUGCUUUCCCACGAGAAAGCAUUGGUUUGGCUCAGAUUGUCCAUUUUGUUGAUCUCAGCCAAGAAGGCGGGCAGGAGCAGAGCCAAAUUCUGCCCCGGCAUAUCAACCUCUCCUCAUAAAUGCAUUGAAUCAGUGCAUCUCUAUGAGAAGUUGUCUCCAUGCAGAGGUUGGAGACACUGAAUGUCAGUGCUGCGCAGUGUUCAGCAUUGCCCCAGGAAGCACCUCUAGCAGCCACCUGAGUGGCCAGAGGAGGUAUCCCUAGACUGUAAUGUAAACACUACCUUUUUCUCUGAAAAGACAGUAUUUACUGCAAAAAGCCUGCAGUGACUGACUAUACUUACCAAAACUACAUUAAGCUGUAGUUGUUGUGGUGACUAUAGUGUCCUUUUUAAGGAGCCACAACUCUGCACAGGUUUGUUGAGAACCUUUAAUUCUAUCAGCCAGGGCAGGGGUAGGUAACUUUUGACACUCUCGAUGCUGUGGACUACAUCUCCCAUAAUCCUCUUAGUCAUGUAGUCCACAAUAUCUGCAGCGCCGAAGGUUGCCUACAAGACAUAACCAUUUUGUAUACUAUGCCUUUAAAACAUUUGGUCAGUUGGCUAGUAAAAUGGGUGACUUGACUUUUAAAGUUCAUUUUACCAGUGAGUGCCUUAUAAUCAGUGCAGUGUCUAAAUCUGCCUCUACUUUAUUUGUAGCCUGCAUCUUCCUAAAGCCUAGCACAGCAUUGUGGUAAAUCUAGUCCACAAAAAUCUGCCUGUACAAAGUUAGCCAUCAACGGCUCUAGUUGUAAAUGAUGCAGGAGUUUCCCUUUAAUUCUAAGCUCUGCAUCCUACUUUGUUACUUUAAAACUAUAUAAUAAAGUUGUAGUAAGAAAUGCAUUAUCUUACACGUUAAUUGGACUUGUGGAAUUUGAGCCACAGGACCUUAUUCACUAAAUACUGAAUUGUAGUGAAUUGUUAAAUGCUCCAUUCUUUUUUGCUUAUAUUUUGCAAAAUAGGAGAGUUGGAAAAAAUGUUCCAAUAUUACUGUUUGUCCACCUUGUGUUUAGUUUAUCAUUCACGCUUUAAUGAAAAAACUAUUUGGUGAUAUAAUACUUACGAUAAGGGUUAAUAUUUUAGGGUCUAGUGAAAGGGAAGCAAAAGAAAAAAUAUUACCCUUUAUAGACACCCGUGUGAAACUGUGUGCGUGUGGAGUGUUUUGUUUUUGGUUUUUCUCCCCUUGGAGAUUUUACAGUUUAGAAGCAUCCAUGCAACUGCAGAUACCUAAUAUGGAUACAUUUUAAUCCUUGUAUUUAUAGCAUUUCAUUUUAUAAUUUUUUUUAUAUAUAUAUUAAACACUUGUGAAUACAAAAUAUAAUUUUUAGUACCACGUGGGGAAAAAAAUGUGAAGGCAUUAUACUGUUGACUGGCAUUUAUUGCACUAGUAGAAACAUGGCAACAUGUCAGUUCUGAAUUAUUUGUGGGAAUUGCACUGCCAAACACUCUUGCUGAUCGGUUUGUCCUGAAUUACUUUGGGUUUUCACCUAAGUGCUUACUGUAAAAAUGCUCAAACUUAUUUUUUUUGUUUCAUACAGUAUUAAGUUGCCUUAUAUAUUUUUUUUUAUUAUUUUUUGUUCAUUGGCAUGUGUAUGCAAAAUAAGUCACGUUUUUCAUAAAUAAAAAUGAAUCUUUCUUUUAGCCAUUUGUGUUCCCUGGAAUGUCUAUUGCCUCUGUAUAUGUGUAAUUACCACAUUGUAGGAUUCAUGUGAUGUUUUUGCUAGCAGUGAGGUUUUAUGUAAGGCAUACAACACUUAUAGCAUACACUACCGGGGUAGGCAACCUACUGCACGAGUGCCAUGCACGGCUCUCGAGGUGUCUUUGCACAGCACUCAAGGCUGCUAGAGCCAAAUAGGGUCUGUCCUAUUAGGAGUCCCAGUGAAACUUCAGAUAUAUGCUAAUAUGAAAAGGUGGUGAAGAACAAUCCUAAAUGUAUGCAUUGCAGCACGUAGAGGAAGUGAUCUCAGAUCACUUCCUCCCAGCACUUGUGAAUGGGAAUCUGCACUGGAGUAGAGCAGCCUGCAGCUCCUGUCCUUGACAUAUACCUGGCCAGCCUGGUACCCAGGGAAGCCACCCACACUGCUAAAUAUACACAAGAAAAGCACAAUAACCCUCCCCUCAUACAAAUAAUACCUACAGCCCACAAACAAACAUAUACACAAUCCGCACAAACGUAACACGGUAACAAACUACAUACAUGCAUACAACCCCACAUACAGCCUCUCUCAUACAAUACCCCAAACAGCCCCUGACAUACACACAAUAUGAACAUAUCCAUCAACACACACAAUUCUACAAGCAGCCCACAUUCAUAUGUAUCAUACACAAUACCACCAUAGAAUAGCUCAUAUACACACAAAUACAACUGCAGUAUAAAUAACACAAGCAAAAUACGGCAGCAUUUACACUUCAAUUUAAAAAAAAAAAAAAAUAGGACCGGCACACUAUGGGACAUAACAAUCCUAUUUCAGCACAGUGCUGCUAAAAGGUUGCCUACCCAUGCACUACACAGUAGUUAUGACAAUUGUCUGUAUUGAAAGACCACAUCCUAUUCUACCCUUGAUGUAGGAACUUUUCUGUGAUGGCAUAUCUGGAUAAUGACAAAUGAAAAUGUUUUGCGUACUGUAAACAUUUUCCGUGAAACCAAAAAAAAAAUGCUACCUAACCUGGUGUCAUGUCUUAUCCAUGUGGCAUUUCAAAGGCUUUUUUUUUUUUUUUCUUUAUCUGGCCCAUACCUUCCUUUUACUAGUUACUUUGAAGACCUUGGUGCACCCAAAAAUCUGCCGCUACACAUUGGUGAACAGAUUUGUGUUAAUGGAGAAACUAGUUACUAGAGUGAUCUAUCUCAAGGGUAGGUAGCACUCCAGAUGUUGUAGGCUUGAACAUUUAUGAAUGCAGGAGCAUUAUGGGAGAUGUAAUGCACAUCUGGAGCGCCAAAGGUUCCCUACCCCAUGAUUCUAUCUCAUAGAGCUUUGGGGUAGACCCUGACUGUUAAACUACGCAGCCCAUGAUGUUUGCCAGCUAUAUGGCUGGAAAACAUCCCACAAAACAUAUUGGAUUCUGUUCUGUAAUACUUAGAUGUCUUGGCUCAACAAUUACAGAGAACUGUGCAAAGAGAACCUGCCAUGUUUUGCAGUGCACCAUUAUUAUUAUAUUUAUAUAGCACCAUCAGAUUCCAUAGCGCUGUACAAUGGCAAGCUUCUCCUACAGAAUUAGUCUGAUUCCUGCAGUUACCCAUAAAUUAACACAUGACUCCACAGGUCUCUGGACAGUCUAGGGAUAACUGGUGAGUUCAGUUGCAGAUCUGCUGACAAGCUCAUUUUAUCGUACUCUAGAAUGAACGCUUCACUUUUACAAAAUCAUUUCACCCUAUGUCAUUGAGUUCUCAUUUGUGAUUCCAAUUCAUUCUAACACCUGGCGAAAAUGAGUUAAUAUCUUACUUGUUAGAUCAGUGCUUCCCAAACUAGUCAUUAAUGGACCAUCAAUGCCUUAAUCUAAAUGCUUUUAAUAUGAAAUGACUCUAGGGGGAGUAGAGAUAUGUACAACUUAUGGAGUAGGUGGGGAGCGCAGGAGGCAAGGAUUUUACUGAUUUAAGAUGAAACUGUCGCUUCUCUGGAAAUUACACCUUGUUUAAAGUGUUGAAAUCACCUACAACCUGUUGCCAUAAUCUGUUGCGCUCUUUUAAAAAACAUUUUAUUAUUAUAUAGUUAAAAGUUAGGCAAAUUUAUAUCACACUUCAGUGCAGGUACAGCCAGGGCACUUGAUGCAAAUUAAAGGAGAAUAGAUUGAUUUUUUCCAGUUGUAGAUUUCUACAAUGUAAAAGUAAACCCCGCAAUAAAAAUCAGAGGAAAUUAAAGAUCCACUUUUUAAUAAGAUAAGAAUAAGCAAUUAUAAAAAAAAUAUUUCACAUUUGAAAUCAAAGCUGUAUUCCAAUAGGCUGGUUAAUGUUAAAACAGCUGGAUUUUAAAACGUUGUCAAUGACCAAAAAAUCUACACACCAUUGCAAAUGGUUGCAUUUAGUCUUCUGUGAGCUGUAUAGAUCUUGUGGUACAAAAAUUUAAAAUAGAUGCAUGGCCUUCUCUAUCUCUACAUUUUAUAUAGUAAGGAACCAGUAGUGUUUGCUUAAAUGACUAUAAAUGGUGCAGGAUUGUAUAAGCUCCCUAUAGAUAAAGAACUGACGUGCUGUUGGUCCUUGGGCUAAUUUGAGAAGCAUUGAUUUUAGGGAAUUUUUAAAUGGGUUAUAUGUAGCUGCUACAAUGUCUGCAGUCUUCUGGAACCUAUUAAUGCGGACUUUAAACACCCCUAAGUUUUUUACUUAUUUAUUUCUAUUUAAAAUGUCAAUAACUUUCACAAUAUUUUACUAAUUUACGAUUGAAUAUAGGAUACAUGUGUUGUGGGUGGGGUGUGUGUUUUUUUUUUUUGUUUUUGUUUUUUUUGAGUCAUGGUUGUAUCAUGCUCGUAUCAUGCUCAUUCCAGGAAAUUUAGACUACUCUCAGAUUUUCAGACAAGGAUGUUGGUAGUUAGAGAGUGGGGCCAACUCUCUCUAUAUUAAGGAGUUUAAUGAAAUCUUCUUUUUUAAAAAAAAAAUGCCAUUUUCAUUUUUGUAGCUCCCGCAUAGGUUCUCCUUUGCUAACAAUUAGCAAUGCAAUAAUAGAAACAUUACAUUUUAAUGCUUGCCUACCGCCAUCUUAAAGGGGAACUGUCACUUCUCUUGAAAUAUACUAUUGUUUACAAAAAAGUAUUUACUUAUUUUUCUUUCUGCAUAUGCUCCGUUAUAUUUUAAUUUAAUAUUAAACACUUAUAAAAUGACUUCACAAUCCAGUUCUGUCCUGUGCAUUGCAAAUGAAGAGGAGUUAUAGAAGCAUUGCUUUAUUUCUCCUCUAUGCUGACAACGAGGUGUGAACGAUGAAGCCUAUAACGGUGAUUGUGAGAGCUAAGAUGAAGGCAUCCAGUUGCAGGUUAUAGAGGUUUAGCUUUCUACAUGUAUUUUCCUGUUUAUUCCUCACAAAUGUUAAAUAUUGGGAAUAAGUAAACCUAUUUCAAAUCCUGGGUAGUGACCGUUCCCGUUUAAAGUGUACCAUGUGUUGUACUGCUGAUGGAAGUGCUGCAGGCCUUGGAUUUAAGCCAGUACAUCUAAUUAUAUCGGUCUGUAAACCUAUCUAUGUCCCUUGUACCUAAUCUGCUCUGGAUAAGAGCGCUAUAAAAGAUCUGUAAUAUAAAUGUCACAAUCUCUCACAAAACAUGCAUUUGGGUUGAUAUAUAUGCCUCUUAUAAAUAACUAUACUUAAAAAAACAAACCAAAAAAAACACAGCAUUUUAUGCCAAGCUAGCAAAACAUGGAUAUUUGGUUUUACACAGACAUGAGUUUUAGAAAUGUACCGGAUCACUUUCAAAAUUUAGAUAUAUGGGUGUAUAAAGCAUGUGAAAUAAUUUUCAUAUAUAUUUUUUUUUUAAUGAAUGGUUAUUUAUAAAAAGCAGGGCAACCCUCCAUCUUUGUUUGCUGACCAUAUCCUGAAAUAAAGUUUAGGGCUGAUAUCGGGCCAUCAGCAACUUACCAUGAGGUACACCGCUUCUGAGAAUCUCAUAUUGCUUCCUUCUCCUCAGAUGGCUUCAGACAUCCCCCCUUUUUUUAUUUGUUGGCCAAAAUGUGUAAUUUAAUUGUAUGGCAACAAAACUGAAUUUUAAUAUUUGAUAUGUAUAAUACACAUCAUUAAUGCAUGAACUACAUUCUUGAGAACAAAAUAUUUUUUUUAAACUGUAAGGAACAUGUUUGUCAGAAUACCACACCUAAUGUUCAAAUUUCUAUUGAUUGGUGAUAUGUUUUUAAAUAGUCCGAUCCAGUUGCAGUAUUAAACGUCAGUCUUUCACCUGUUUUUGCACAUCGUAUGCCAAUAUAUCCUGUACAUGACUGUCAGUCUUGCAGUAAACACAUUUUGACAUGUAUUGAGUCCCGCAAACUGAAACACAUUUUCACUAAAAGUAAAACCACAGGAAUUGCACAUCGUAUUGAUGUAAAAAUUGUGUUUAUAGGAGGUCCAUAUUUUUUCCUUUUACACAACUGUAAAUGUUUUAACAUGUAUCAGGAUUUUUUUUUUUUUUUAACACUGUAUGCUUUUGAGUCACAUGUGGCAAUAAGAAUUGUGCAAUGUUUUGUUCUAACGUCAAUUGAUGUAUUGUCGUGGGUGGGAUUGAUUGCAAUUUAUUUUUGUUUUUAAUUCUUGAACGUGUUUUUAUUUAAUUUCCUAUAAACAGAUUGAUGACGCUUCUGCAUCUAUUUCUAUGGCCAAGCUUGCUAAGGUAUAUGUAUACAUAUAACUGUACAAUGAAUGUGCACGAAUAUGGGCACCUUCUUGUAAUCUGCAUUCUUUUACUGUAUAAAAUUACUAUAAACAUGAAACGGUGUGUGUUGCAUUCUCCUGUAAAGAGUAGCUCCCCUGCCCCGCCCCCUCUAGUUUCCGAAUUUGGAUGGAAACCGCUUCGACCAAAUCGGGUUGUUCAAGUCAAAAAAAACGGAAGAGUUUCUCUCCUUCGCAAAACGUAACCUAUCCAUCUGGCUUUCAGGGCUUUUAUUCAUUAUUUUUUUGGACAAGGAUAUUUAAAAAAAAAAAAAAAAUACACAGAAGAACAUGCAUUGAUUAGCAACUAACCGGUAAAUUACAUGGACUGUGACCAUUUUCGGUAACUGAAAAAAAAAAAAAAAAAAACAUGGUAAUGGACAUUCAACCUGAAAAUAGCUCCAUCAGCACUUGGCCGAGCACUAUUUGUACCCAUAGUUUUUAGUACAUGAUUUCUGCUAAUGUGUUCAAGGAUACAACAGUCUGGAAAUGUGUUUGUUGUGAAUACACUAAGACAAAUGAAGCAUUUAUAUUGCCAAACCCACUACUCAGCUGUGCAUUUAAUCCAUAAUAUAUCAAUAUGUUAUCAGUUGAUGUUCUGCUGACCUUAUGAUUCCCUAGUGUCAUGGCUGAAGCGUCAUUGGAGAUGAACAUCAUAAAAUGCAAAAGCACUGAUUGGCCUCUAGUAUUCUUGAUAUCCUUAAGUAGUAGAUACAAAUAUCAUGAUUAUCUGACUAAUUUAAAAGAACACUCUAAUGACCAAAACAACUUUAGCUGAACAAAGCAGUUUUUGGUAUAUAAAUCAUGCUCCUGCAGUCUUACUGCUCAAUUAUCUGCCAUUCAGGUGUUAAAUCAAUUUGUUUAUGCCCCCUAGACACACCUCUCUGCAUGUGACUUGCACAGCCUUCCUAAACACUUCCUGUAAAGAGCCACCUAAUGUUUACACUUCCUUUAUUGUAAAUUCUGUUUAACUUUGAAUUGCUUAUUUCCUGCUCUAAUAACUUGCUAGAUCCUGCAGAAGCUUCUUGUGUGUGAUUAAAGUUCAAUUUAGAGAGUAGGAGAUAAAAAUCUUUUAAAGUAACUUACUACCUAACUAAGAGUAAAACCAUUUUUUCAUGCAGGCUGUGUCAGCCACAGGUGUGGUUAGGGCUACAUAAGCAAUCUAUACAAGAUACAGAAUGCACACUAUAACAGCCACAAUUCAUAAUAUAAAUCUUUUAAUUAGAACAACUGAAACAAUCAAUACAUAAAAACACAAAGUAACAAAAUAAGGCAACCUGUAAUCGAUUCAGUAAUUUACCUAAAUCUCGCCAGCUUCAAGACAGAAACACGAGCCACCAAUCCCCCCAAUGUUUCGGCACCUACUGGUUGCUUUUUAUCAAGGGUGUCUCUACCAGUGUUCUUAUGUGUCUGCUUAUAAUACCCCUAACCAUCAGCAUACAUGUAUAGCGACCACGGAAGUCAAAUCACUUUGGGUGUUGGUAUAACUCUACCUUCUUGCUAAAUGAAAAAAGAUCACCAAUAUCACGUGUAGAUAAAGCAAUAUCUAUACAUAUAUACAAUAUGAUGGAGGCUCAUCCACGUACCUGCUAAUGUCCCCGCGCAUGCGUACUGGAUAUCAUAGUAGUCUUGUAACGCCAUCUGCAUAAGCAGAAACAAAGUGAUUUAACUCCUAAGUGGGAGAAAAUUGAACAGUGAAACUUCAGAGGCAUGAUCUACACACACACACUUUUUCAUUAGGCUAAAGUUGUUUUGGUUAAUGUAGUAUCCCUUUAAAUAUCUAGAUAUCUACACAGGACAGGUACUCUUCACACAGAUUUUCACUAAGAUAUUUCUUAGUCUGCAUAUGAUGUAUGAUGUGUUUAAGAGCUAUAUGGUAGUGUGAUAAUAUAACAGACACUUUAAAGACCUGUAUGGAAAGUUAUAGAAUCUUGUGUUUUUUGUUUUUACAAGGAAAGCAGACCAGUACAGCCAUUAUUUUGCUCAUCUAUGUGUUCUGUGAUACCCAACCAUGAUAUGAAUUGCUAUAUGUACAGUUUGAAUUUCUAUGUACGUAGUUUUCAACAAGGCACUCCUAGAUGAGUUCACUCUAAAGCUAAUCUGUAAUUUUUUUCAUGUUACAAGUCUCAUUCCAUUACCACCUCUCUUCCUUUCACUGUACUGGGUAAAUGUUUGGACUGUUUACCAUGGUCUUCUCUUUCUGAAUACAUUCUAUGGUAUAGUCUGAUUGUUAAUUGGCUUCCAGUCCUCUACCUUCCUCACAACUUGCGUAGUGUAACUCGACCUUUGGCUUACCUCAGCUGUCAAUCAAGUUACGCAGCAUACGAUUCCAAAUAAUCUCAUAUUACUACUAGGAAGAAACACCUAUGAUUUUAAAUGGUCCUCACAUUUACGCAACCUGAGAACUGGACGCAGAAAAUGCAGUGUACAAAUCAAAUUGUGCAAAAAAGAUAACUCAUGUGACGGAACGUUACGCAAUUUCUAUUAUUCUUUGAAACACUAUGUGACAUUGGUCUGUCCUAUUUAAACAAUGUUUUUUUCAUCAGUUAAAACAUCCCAUUUUCUUCAGCCAAAGACCUGUAUAUGAACCUUCCUUUUAUCUGCCAUGUUUGUUUUUGGUGUAUUCCUGGCAGGAUUUCUGUGUUUACAUUUGUUAACGUUCAUGCAUAUAGCUAAAAUUGGUAUACUUAUACAAUGAUGCAAUGUGUACCAUUUUACCGAAUUUGAUACCUGAAGUUGUGAAAACUGCAAUGUAACUUGUGAUUUUCCAAUAAAACAAAAAUAAACUGUUUGCUUGUUUUUUGAAUGAAUGCUGGCCCAUCCACACAGUCAUACUUUGCAGAAAGUGUAUUUUUAUUUUUUAAACUAGGCCAUGUUUAUACCCUAUGUUUAAAUGUAUUUAAUUGGGUUGUCUAAUAGUCUAGGCAUCAACACCACUUCUCCUUAUUGAAGUGUUGUGGUGCCAUCCCACUAAUGUUAAAAUGUACACAAAUGGUUAAACACUGAAUGAGCACCCUCACUCUGCUGUAUUUGCUGACCGCUCUCAUGAAUAGAGUAUAACUCUGCUUUAGCUGUACCACGGAUGGAACCACACUGAACUGUGAUCUGGCAUCUAGGGACUCCAGGAACCACAACCACUUUAGCUGAACAGGUUAUGGUGCCUAGAAUGUCCUUUAAAAUACUAAAAAAUCAAGGUGCUAGGAAAGUCAAUUGCAUGUAUCACGCUAGAUAACUUUGUUAAUGUGAAAGCAUGGUUUAUUCCGUUCACAUUAAGGAGGACAUAACCAGCAUAGACCCUCAUACAUCAUCCCACUGUAACUUGCACUCAUUCAGUUGCCAUACAGUGGGAUAAUUAGUGUUAGUCCUUAAGAAGAUCAUUCUUUCAGAGAAUGGCACCGCUGCUUUCCUACGUGCCAGUGAUGGCUAAUUAGUGACACAGAUGAAACUGAAGAUGGUUAUACAUUUGUAAAGAUUGCCAUCGUUUUCCUGUUGUUAACUCUGCUUUUAAUAGGAUUCAGUCAUCAUCAGCACAGGUGCAGACUUUUUCUAUGUGUGUUUUGCUGGUUUUUUUUUUUUAUAUAGAUAUAAUUUAGUUAAUUUAGGAGGACAAAAUGGUUACUGCUCCAAAUGGUCCACCAUUGCAUUCCUUAACUGGGCACUUUCUCCGGAAAUUUGUUUUCGAUAAGACUAAAGAAUGAUGUAAGUAACAUUUACAACUUAAUUACAAGAGUUUAAAGCGUAUGUAUGUGUGUGUGUGUGUGUGUGUGUGUGUGUGUGUAUAUAUAUAUAUAUAUAUAUGUGUAUAUAUAUAUAUAUAUAUAUUGCACUUUCAAUAGUAAGCUUAGAUUGUCUGGUUUCUCUUUUCAUGUUUAGCAUGUUGUGUACAUUGUGGGAGAUUAUCUAAUGGGAUGUCUGUUUCUGAGUAUAUAUUUUCAUUCCCACUGUUAAUAUUAGAAGAACCACCAAUGCCUGUGAGUUAAUGGCCCCUGCAUUUACACAACUAUAACUUGAAAAGGGACACACAGAAAAUACCUUUUAUUGUGGCUGAUUUGUGUUUGGACUUUAUAGCCUUACCAUGUGCUGAUUAUGUACACAAUAUUCAUGUAAUUGCAGUGUUGACAACAUGCCCUCCUUUUCACAGUUUAGCUUUGGUUAGGGGUGUAUACUAAAUCAGCCCACCCCUUAUAUGAGCAUAAUUCUGCUAAACUUGCCAAUAUUUUAAAAUAGUUGGUAUUUAGAGAAAUCAUUGUGGGAUUUCCAGAUCUUUUAGGUAAAUGUUAAGUGUGAGUUUAUAAUAACAUUUCUAGAAGUCAAAUUAUUAUAAAUGUUUACCCAUGCUCGUCAAUGUGAAUUGUGUACGUAGGUUGCUGAGACAUAAAUUGACUAAAAAUUCUGAUCUAAGUUUAUUUUCAUGCGUGAUCUUUUGAAUACCAGAAUAGAUGAGCAUAGUAAUUCUAUAAGUUGUGCUUUGCCUCUAAACAUUUCCCUGCUAGUGUGAAAUAAGUUUGUUGCUCUAGCCAGUGCCCUUGAUUUGCAUUUUAAUGCAUAUGGAGAUUAUUUAACUUACAUUGGUAACAUACUUUCCUGCUUUGCUUGUUGCCCUCUGAAACAUGGCCAAGGACCACUAAAAGGGAAAUAUUUCAAAGCAAGUGAGCUUGAAAAACCAAACUGAAUAGCCACAUACGGAGGGACAGAGAAUGCAGACAGAUGCUAGGGUCUUAACGUAAUGUAAAGAAGUCUGUCUGCAGUUUCUUGUUCCUGCUAAAAUCCUCAUACGAUAACCCUUUAAAACCAUUAAAGAUGGUUUCUCACGUUUUGGUGGAGGAGAACCCAACUUAUGGUAACAAUGUUAGACGUUUCGAAGUCUACCAUUUUGAUUUUAGCGUCUAUCAUGAAGUAGUGUGGUAUAAACAUGGCCUAAGACUGUUUUAAUGUUUACAAAGGUGAAAACUUAAAAACAGUGCCUCAAUUUCGCCUAUGAGACACAUUCUAAUAUUGACUGACAUAAUAUCAUGCUCUCUUCUGUCGUACAUACGUCCUCCAUCUUGGCCAGUUUGGUGGUAAGGCACAGGUGGCAAUGCUGCUCUUUACAGGAUUGAAUGUGUGAGUGUGCUCAAGGGUGGGGAAUCGUAAUAAAAUUUUUUUUGCUUACUAAUGUGACUCCCUAAAUAAUUGCCUGUUAAACAGACCGCCAAUCUGGCUGAAGCAGAUGCUUCUGAAGAGGAUAAAAUCAAAGCUAUGAUGACACAAUCCGGACAUGAAUACGAUCCUAGCAAGUAAGUGCCAGUGGUUCCAUUAUACAAGCCUUUUAAUGCUGCUGUAGCCAUAGCACUCUGUUAACAUUUGUUUCCUUUUAACUUUUUUCCAGUUAUAUGAAGAAACCGCUAGGCCCUCCGCCUCCUUCCUAUACAUGUUAUCGAUGUUUAAAACCUGGCCAUUACAUAAAGCAGUGCCCUACCAACGGGGUAAGAAUAUAUUGUCUUUUGGGUUUUCUGUGGUCCCAUGAACUUAUUGUACUUGUUUUUUCAUGUUAUACAGUGCUUUCCCACCAAGUCAUUCAGUGACUCCCCAACCAUCUUGCCAUUGGAACACAAAAGGAUAACUACCUCUAGACUGUAAAUUCGUUUGAGCAGGGUCCACCAUCAACUUAUUGCUCCUGUUACAUUUUGUAACUGUCUCAUUUGUUACAUUUCCCCCUUUCAUAAUAUUGUAAAGUUCUUCGCGAUAAGUUGGCACUAUUUAAAGGGUUUUAAAUCAUCAAUGAUGAGCCUUUGGGAUUUUUGUAUAAACCUUCCCCCAAAAUUAUAUCCUUAAAGGACCUCUAUAGUGACAGGAAAACAUACUCGUUUUCCUGGCACUAUAGGGUCUCUAGGUCCCCCCCACCCUUAGGGUCCCUCCACCGCCGGGCUCCCUCGGCGGUGUGGACUCUCCGCCUCCUUUCCCCAUCAUCGGGUGAAUGCGCAUGAGCGGCAAGAGCCGCACGCGCAUUCAGCCAGUCCAUAGGAAAGCAUUCUCAAUGCUUUCCUAUGGACGCUGGCGUCUUCUCACUGUGAAAAUCAAAGUGAGAAGCGUGGAGGCGCCUCUAGCGGCUGUCAAUGAGACAGCCACUAGAGGCUGGAUUAACCCAUAGGUAAACCUGCUAUGUUUACAGCACAAAGGGUUAAUCCUAGAUUGACCUGACACCCAGACCAUUUCAUUAAGCUUUAAUUUUUGAUGGGACAGAGCAAUGUUUUUUCUUUUAAUCAGUGAAUUAUAAUUACAACAAUCAUCAUAUAUUGGCAACUAUAUCGACAAUUGUGGGCAUUUAAGACUUUUUUACUGACAAGAUAUAGUAAUGUAGUUAGAACCCAAAAUUUAUUUUUUUCCACAAUUUGAUAUUUACACUGUUUUUGUGUUGCUUGCACUAUUUGUCUUUCAUUGUGGGGUUUUGUUUUUCGUAUGUGCUUCUUACUCAAUGGUUAGACUAUAUCCGCUACACUUUUGUUCUAACAUUUAGAUAAUUUAAGUAUGUAAAAAAAAAAAAAAAAAAAAUUUCAACGAACAUGUUGAAGUUUUAUUUUGGGUUUUUUUUUUUAUCUUCUUUAUAUCAUAAGCAGGACAAAUCAUUUGAGCAAACUAUCAGGAUUAAAAAGAGCACUGGAAUCCCCCGUAGUUUUAUGGUGGAAGUAGAGGAUCCCAAUAUGAAGGGAGCUAUGCUUACAAACACUGGAAAAUAUGCCAUACCUACAAUCGAUGCGUAAGUAUUUACUAGAUGUAAAAUAUGUGCUAGGUGAUGGCAAUUUGAAAACUUUUGAACUUUUAAUUGAUCACAUUCAUUUUGUAGGGUGGCUUAUGCUGUUGGGAAAAAGGAAAAGCCACCGUUUCUUCCCCCUGAACCCUCAUCGUCUUCAGAGGAAGAGGAUCCUGUGCCCGAUGAGCUGCUAUGCUUGAUCUGUAAAGACAUGAUGAACGAUGCUGUUGUAAUACCGUGCUGUGGGAAUAGCUACUGUGAUGAAUGUGAGUUAAUUUCAUGGAACAGUUCAUUAAAGGGUGUCAGCAACCAUCAAAAUUAUGCUUUUCAAUUCCAGAAGAGUUUCCAAAACACACCACGAUAAUGAUUUGUCAGACUGCGUGUCGUUGUAAUCUGAUAAAAGGACACUAUAUUCACCCAGACCAAUUGAUCUUAAUGAAGUUUGAGUGCAGUGUCCCUGUCCUCUUAAACCUGCAAUGUAAAACAUUAUAGCUUUAAAGAAACUGCAAUGAUUACAUUGCAGGGUUAAGACUGCCUCUAGUGACAGUCUACCAGACAGCCACUAGAAGCACUUUCUGCUGUUUCACAGUUUAACUCUGUGAAAUGACACUAGACGUCUACAUAGGAAAGCAUUGAUUCAAUGUUUAGUGCUGGAAUAAGGUGCUUACAUAUUUUUUUUAUUUUAUUUUUUUAAUCCUAGGACAGCCGCCUUGGCAGAGGAACUCUGUAGUGUUAGGAAAGUUUUAUUGCUAAUCUGUCACAAACCAACCACUGUAUCACUCCCAAGAUAUUGAUAUAAAGGGUUACUCCAACCUCCAUGACCUCUGCUUUUAGAAGUGGAAAUGGUGCAAGUAAUCUGUAUGUGCAGCGUUUCUGCUUGAAACACUGCCUAUAUGGAGAAGUCUUUGAAUAUGUGCCAGCCUAGUAGACCCAGGACACAUGGCUAGUGAACUUGAAUGUCUGUUCCGCACAGAUUAAUGUGAGUUCUGUGCACAAAAAUAUGUCCUCCGUUGGCAAGCGUUGUGCACUGGCGACACGUCAUCUGAUUAUUCUUCUUCCAGCCUCAUCUUAUCCACCCCCUACCCUCUCUGCAGCAUUCGUAUCCUCCCUUCUUCCUCUCCAAGCACUUGGAUUGGGUGUAACGGUGUGGAUUGUUGUGAGAUUAGUUAUUACCCGCACAUGCAGGAUUGGAUUCAAUGCUUCUCUAUCAUAAGAAGUUGAUUGGUGGGUUGCAUUGAUGGCCAGACAUCAGGCUGAACUUGAUACUGGAUUCAAGCUGAGUUUUAACUUUAUUUUACACAUUUUAAGAUUAAAAAAACAAACUAACUAACUUGGGAGGCGGCUCCAUGUGACAAGUGCCCAAUAGGGCAUUAUAAACCGAAAAGGAAAAAAAAAGUUAUUGGGCUAACCCUUUAAGGCUACCAACAAUUAACAGUAUUAAACCGUAUUGACAUGUUAAAAACUUCAAUUUUAGAUUGUCAGUCUUUACAGGUAAAAUAGUAUGAGUUUUGUAACAUGUAACAAAGUGGCUCAUUUUGAGGGGAAUAUAUAUUGCUGCAAAUCAGCAUCUUCUCCACAAGCAUAUGACAUAAACCUUUGUCAGAUUUGUGGAAUAUGUAAUUUUGCACUCCACAAUAAUUUUAUUCAUGAAAAGGUUCAAAUAAAACCCCAGAGUUAUAACGAAUAGCUUUUUUUUUUUUUUUUUUUAAUGGGAUCACCAAUUUGUGUUGUUUUACAUGAACUAUUGCUCACAAGGACCUGAAAGGGUUAAGUGCAAAAUGAUUUGCCUUCCCUGCAUCUGCCAUUAAAGACUUAAUUGUAGAUAGCAGUAUUUGUGGCCUGUGUAUCUAAUAUACUCUUUUCCCUGCAGGUAUUCGCUCUGCCCUACUUGACUCUGAUGAUCAUACCUGCCCAACAUGCCACCAGACAGAGGUUUCCCCGGAUGCUUUAAUCGCCAACAAAUUUUUACGUCAGGUAUGUAGCUCAGCAUGCACGUGUUAAUGACUCCUAUUUAUUCAGAGUCCUCAUCAAAUGAACCAUUUUAGAGCACACAGGGCAGUAUAUUCGUGAUUAUGUUUUAUUUCUUGCUUCAUUUUACUUUUUCCCACUUGGCAUAUAAAUGGUGCUUUUAGCACAGUUUUUCUUGGACGUUUGUUAAAUGUUAUUUUAUAUACACCUUUAAUGUGGAUUAACAAAUAGUAGAUUCAAGCUGUGGAAAUCCCAUGAUGCUUUGCCAGCUGUAAAGCUACAAUUGAUCUAGGUAGUUUAGACAAAGUAGUACAUUGAUACUAGAGGGUUUCUUUUGUCAUUCUCUAUUAUAUUUUUUAUUUAAAUGAGGAAUCACUCUACUUGUCUGUUAAAGGGAGAAUAAAGAUAUAGAUGUAGAUUUUUCCCUGUUUUUGAAUUCCUUAUGUUUAUUUCAGGCUGUAAACAAUUUUAAGAAUGAAACCGGUUACACAAAGAGGAUCCGCAAGCAACAGUCUGCACCUCCUGCAAAACAGUCCCAAACUGCUCCACCUGCACGCAACACACAACAGUCUUCACGCACAAUGCCAUCGCGACAGCAGGACCCUCUCAUUGCUCCUGCAACUACAGCAUCAGUUGUAAAUCAGACCCCUCCCAGCACUGUUCCGAGCCGCCAGUCUGCUGCACCUAGCACUGUACCAGCCAACCCUCCACCAUUGUCUGCAUCUAGUGCAGACUCCACACCUUCACUGCCAUUACCUGUCCACAAGGAGAGAGUAAAAACAGACCCUGUGUAUCAGUAAGUCUCAAUCAUCUAAUAUAUCUUCUCUAAGGAUCCUUGAAUAGCAUUUGUCACAUCCUCAAUUUUAGCACAACCUUAAAGCUAUCUAAAAGGUAUACAUUGAGCUAAAAAUUUUUAACUUUCUUUAUAGGUUUUUUUUUUACUUCUUUUGCAUUUAAUUUUGCAAUGCCAGACAUACAGCACCUCUUGCAUGCGUUUAGAGCAUUGCUAGAGAAAAUGUAGCGCGCUCAUCCAUGCUUAUGGCCUUUCUCUGUUAGAUACCAAUACCAGUGCUCCUGAGGCAUCAUAGAACAGUAAAACAUGGUGCAGCAGAAGUAUAUUUUUGUUUACUUGCUUAGGCUGCAUUAUUCGCCACACUAUAUGCUGCAAUACUGUUUAAAGGCCUGAAUGAACAAGAGACUGUCACUUAUCUGGAAGUGACCAUGUUCGGCUGUACGUGGCAACUAGGAGUCAUGUUGUAAAGAUUUUUAUACUAGAUCUUCAUUUUUUUUUCUUGACUUACACCUCUUAUCAUGGUCAGCAUCUUGAUGAGAUGGUGUUUUUAUUUUUACAGUGUGUGUGUGUGUGUGUGUGUGUGUAAAAUAUAUUCUUACAUGUAUUUUUGUUUUUAUCCCUGCCUCACCCAGCAAUCAGGACAAAAUUGGCUCCCGUUCUAGCACGGUUCCUGCCAUCCCGGUCACAUCAUCCAGCAGCUGCUUAAACCCCGGGACCAGUAACUCACUUCUUGGAGAUAAGGUAAAUCUGUUCUCUUGUUACUUGUCACUUUCUCACCAUGCCCCUUGAAGUGAAAUUUAAUACAACUUUGUGUUUUAGGGAUAUCAUGUACCGGUUCUUGGUCAAUUGCCUUCCCUUGCUCACUGCCAUCCUGCACCAAGUAAGUAUUUUAUUUAAGGAGUAGUGAUACUGAUAUUGAUUCAUCCAACCUAUGGUUCUAGUAGAGAUAGGGUUCUAAUAGUUCUGCAAAACAUACUUUAUACUUUUCCUCUGUAUUUACAAGCUAUCAGGAACCCUCAAAGCAUAGAUCCCACACUAGGGUACCUGACAGCAUUCUUUGAAAUACCAUUGUAUUAAUUUGUUUUCAUUAAGUUUUUAGAAACAAUAUAUAAAGUUGCUGUUUGUUGAAUUUUUGCAGCACCACUCUUGAGGACCAAUAUCCCCAGACCAUCUGGACCAAGACCCCUUAUGGGCUGGGAAGGGUAUGUAUCUUCUAUAGUUUGUCACUGAUGUGAUGCUCAUAAAAUUAUUAAAUACCUAUGGCUGUAUGUUAUGUUUGCAUUUAUAAACUGUCUGCAGCUUGGCUAACCUAGAGACUGGGCACUGAUACUUUGGCUGGUACAUAUUAUUAGCUUAGAGCUACAGUGUUUGUUGACCAAACCAUAGUGAUAAAGAUUAGGAUGGAAAACUGUCAAAGCCAACUCUGUUAUCUCUUACUUAACAGAGAUCAGUUAUGUAGAUUAGCCUUUUGAUUUGCUUUAAUUCCUGAUUUUGAUUUGGUGUGUGGUUAUACAUAAAGUCCAAUCUUUUAAUGUGGAGCACUUUGCUGAAGUGCUCUCCCUACCGCAGAACUUAAUGAUUUUAUUCACUUUUUGAAGCACCCCACUUGUACUACUUUGUAUAUUACUGAUUUUAUAACAUUGCAUGCACAGGUCCGUCAAUACGGUUUCAACAUUUUUACGUCUGUGAAUUUGGGAUGCUUUCUGAUUUAAUCUUUUACAUAUUUUCAGUCCAAGUCGUGGACGUCAUCCUCACAACGACCGCCCUCUAAGAAAUCAGGGUCCUUCCAUGGUAUCAUCGGGACCGGUGUAUGUCCAUCCACCACCUCCUCCUUUGUUUCCACCACCACCUCCUCAUGGUCUUCCACUGCCCCCAGGAGUUCCUCCACCACAAUUCCCACCUCAAUUUCCUCCUGGUCAGCCCCCAGGUGCGGGUUAUAAUGUUCCUCCUCCUGGUUUUGCUUCAGUGUCUCAAACAGUAUCUGCACCUUGGGCUCCUGCAACAAUACAAGGAGCACAUAGCAAUGCUCUUUCAACAACAAACUUAGUAAACCCACCGCUGUCCAAGGAGGAGUUCUACAGAGAGCAACGUCGACUUAAAGAAGAGUAAGUCCAUCUAGUAUUAAUAAGCAUAUUUGUCGAUUUUCAUUUAAUUCAUUCCCUUUCAUUCACCUUGUUUGACAGCAUUACAAAAUUAAUAAGAAGUGUCACUUUGAUUACCUAUCCCCUUUAUUGAACAAUGUGUGGAUGUGAGGUCUAAAAUACAAUUAAAAUUUAACAAAUCCACACCAAUGUGUUUAGCUUUGUCCUGAAAUUGAGCGCCUCCAUCUUGGUUCCCUGUAAGCCAUUUUUCUAAACGGUCAUUGAACAUAGUAAUUGGAGGUGGUAAACAAAAACAAUGCAAUCUGUGUCCUUGUACCAGGACUGAAUGAGAUGUCAAUUGCAAAAUCUUUCAUAUACAUGUAAAUGUAAACAGCGAAUCACAUGAACAAAACCGUAAAAAAAAAAAAAAAAAAUUCAAAAUUUCAUGGGACGCUACAGUCACCCAGACCACUGCAACUCAAUGAAGUGAUCAGGGUGCCAUGACCCUGUCCUAUUAACCAUGCAAAGUAAAACAUUGCUGUUUUUAGAAACUUUUUGCAUUAGAGUGUUAGAUCCACGUCUAGUUUGACUGUCUUACUGACCACCACUAGAGCAGGCUUCUCCAAACUCCGGCCCUCCAGAUGUUGCUGAACUACAACUCCCAUGAUUCUAUGAAUGAAAUAGAUGGGCUGAGAAUCAUGGUAGUUGUAGUUCAGCAACAUCUGGGGGACUGGAGUUUGGGGAAGCCUGCACUUGAGGCAUUGAGUAAAACCUGGUCACAUGAUGCAGAAAUCCAUAGGAUUACAUUGAAUACAGUACUUUCUUACGGGGAAGUUUGGUUGUGUGCGCAUCGCUUAUGGCACUUGGCAUCAAGUCCCCAAUGCUUCUCUGAGAAGCACUAAGUUGGACCAUCGCUGAUGGAGGCCACACCUCCUCAAUGGCAUUGCAGAAGACUCAGAGGUGAGCAGCACUGAGCAAGCCUCGGCACAGGAAAAAAGUAAAACUUUUUUUAUAAUUUCUAUAAAACAUGAAUAUUACUAGGGACAGACGCACUAUAGCGUUAAGCAUGCAGGAUUGUGUUAACUCAGUGGUUUUUUGGGGGUUUUUUUUUUUUUCUUGUGUGACAUUUCCUUUAUAAUAGUUGAGAAAGUUAGUUUGAUUUUGCAUCUUUUUCCUCAUUACAUCCACAUAUAAUUAACAUGUGUGUUUCCCUACUGCAGAGAAAAAAAGAAAUCUAAACUUGACGAGUUUACAAAUGACUUUGCCAAGGAACUACUUGAAUAUCGUAAAAUACAGAAAGAGCGCAAACGAUCUUACUCCAGGUAAGAGAGCGGGGGAGUGAUUCGUUUUUAACGCUUAAGGAUCAAACUUCUGAAAUAAAAGGAAAUCAUGACAUGUCAUGUGUCCUUAAGGGGCUAAAGGGAAGUAAAAAAAUCUAAUUUCAAGUUGUAUUAAUCCACUUAUAUUUGGUUUGGGUAAUAUAUAUGGAAAAUAAGGAAUGCGAGAAAGGCGCACUCUUGUUGAGUUCAUAAGGAAUAACUACUGUAUAUUAUAUGCAAAAUAUUUAUUAUCUUGCUGGUUGCAUCUGUGGAUAUCGGAGACCAAUAUUUGGUCAAAAUAACAUUGAACUAUAUUAUCUUUGGAACACUAUUCAGUCACUUGCAAUGAUUCCUAUUAGUUUUUUUAGUCUUAGAUUGUUAAAUAUAAAGAUUCCCAAUAUAAGGGAUUUAAAAUGUAAUAAAGAGGGCAAAUUAGCUUAGUCAGUGGUGACAUUUAAAUGACCUUUUUACAAAACGAUCAAAGUUUCUUUAAAACUUUUUUUUUUUUUAAGGUCAAAAUCUCCAUACAGCGGCUCAUCCUACUCCAAAAGCUCCUCCUAUUCCAGAUCAAGAUCCAAUUCUUCAAGGUCACCUUCUUACUCCCGAUCCUAUAGCCGGUCACGCUCUCGUUCUUACUCAAGAUCACCUUACCAGAGGAAGGUUUCCUCAAAGGGUCGCGCUCACCGCUCUAAAUCCCGGUCUCGUGGAUACCAACAUUCCAGAUCCAAGUCCCCAUACAGACGGUACAAUUCACGCUCCAAAACACCUCCCCAUAGACCCCCAUCACCAAACAAAAGAGUAGCUCCUCUAAUGGAAAAUGACCGGGAAUAUUGUAAUAGAUAUCGUGAAAUGCCUCCCUAUGACAUCAAGGCUUUAUAUGGCCGUCAACCAGACUUAAGAGAUCCCUAUGAAAGACAACGAUUUAGAGAGUGGGAGAGAAAGUACAUAGACUGGUAUGAAAAAUAUUGUAAAGGGGUCACAAUGAAUGCUAUGCCACGACAGAGGUCCCCUGUGAACCGGGAGAAUUAUUCACCAAAUCGCUUCCCUGUUCCUCCACAAGCACGGAGAGAUAAUUCUCCAUACAACCGAGGCCGAAGAGAAGAUUAUCCUCCUUUGUUACCACACCGUGGUCGUCCUCUUGCAGGGUCCUAUCAAGAGAAAAUGCUUCCACGUGAACCUCCUCAUGGCAUGAAGGAUACAAACAAAUUGAAAGAAAAAGAAGUAAUGAACCCACCUUUAGACUCUAAAGGAAACAAACACAAAAAACAUCGAAAGAAGAGGAAAGGGGAGGAAAAUGAAGGCUUCACCAAGCCAGAUAUAGACAACCCACGGAAACACAGAGAUCCAAAUGCAGAAGAUGGUAAAAGAAAUGAACCCUUAUUUGUGCCCACAAGCAAAGAUGAUGCCACCCCAGUAAGGGACGAGCCAAUGGAUGCAGAGUCCAUUGCUCUUAAAGCUCUUACUGCAAAGGACAAACGAGAGAAGGCCAAGGGAAAACCUGAGAAAACAAAACGUAAGCUUGAUGGUAACUUGCCUAAAAAGGAAACCACCUCCACCUCCAAGGUAGUCAAAAUCGAAAAAGUAGUAGUUGAUGUUGAGAAGGAAAAACUUGCUGGUGUUGAACCACCACCCAAGAAGCCAAAAGAUGAGACACAAAAACUUGACAAUGUCAAAAAGGAUGAUAAAACUGCUUUGCAGCCACGCAAAGUGCAACUUAAAGUGGUAAAGCAAAAUCCAGAUGACAAACAGGCGACAAAAGAUGACAAAAGCAAGAAGGAGCCUUCAAAAGAUGUAAAGCAGGAGAAACCUAUCAUCAAAGAGGAGAAGUCAAAGAAGGUUAUAGAUAAAUCCAAAGUAAGCGAGGUCAAGCAAGAGAAACGAAAAAGGAAAGUGGAUGAGAAGGUCCCAGGAAAGGAACAGGACAAAACCACUGUAGAAACCAGUGAGCCCCCCAAACCUUCCACCUCAAAAGUUAAGUCUGAAGUAGAGAUUAAAAAUCCUGAAAAAGUACCUGAAAAUGAGAAGCCUACUGUUAAAAAAAUUAAACUCAACCGUGAAACUGGAAAGAAAAUAGCCACUGCUGAUACCUCUGCAGUGACUGAGGAGGCUGAGGAGAAAAAGAUGCCUUCUGCUGUGACCAAGUCAAAACUAGACCGGGUGAAGGGCAAAGUACGGAGGAAAGUCACUGUUCAAGAUGGAUCUGGCUCCACCUUGGUGGAUUAUACCAGGUGAGAGAUGGCAUUUAUGAUUACUUGUAACCAUUUGAUAGUUCCAUGAGUGUGUGUUUUUGUAUUGGUUUUUUUUUGUUUUUUUACAUAUUUACCUGUUUCUUAUUUUUUAUGCUUUCAACAUCCAUUCUGGGGGGAGGCAGGGCACUGAUCUACACCAAUCAGUGCCCUAUCCCUAGGAAUGCUGGAAAGGUGCAUUGAGACAUGCCCAACAGAUUCCAACAUGUGCAGUUGGAAGGUCUCUUCACCUUGCAACAUCCUGACAGGGAGAAGAGGGGGAGUAGGGUCAGUGUGAUCAUGCAGAGCAUACUGCGGUGUCUGAUUUUUCACUCCUGCACAGCACAAUGAUGCUCAUUUUUCUGCCAUUAGUGAACUGGUCUGGAAGUGAGAUGUGUAAGUAAGAAACUCCCCUAGGUGAGAGGUGUGCUCAAAAUUGCAAUCUGACCAAGUUUAUAAUAAGUUUAUAAAAACUUAUUACACACUUUUCAAAGUUUCUCAGCCUUUGUUAGUUCUAUAUUUGUUUAAAUGUGGUUUUAAGUGCCGUUUUAAUGACGAUUUGGACCUGUGGUGGUGGGUAAACACCAAUGACUUCCACUGAAAAAUUGGCCAUAUGAAAUGUUAAAUAAAUCCCAUGUGUAAUACCCUGGUUUAUGCAUUUACUAAUGUAUAUGUGGCUUUAUGGAGGCUGGUUUGAACAGAGGGGUGCUUAAGGAUAACGUAUAUAAAUGUUACUAUGGCUUAAUCCCCUCUUCAAAUACAUUGAAUGCAUCAUAUAUCAGAGAGGCAUGAUGUAUUCAGUGUAAAAUAUCAAACACUAUAGUCACUCAGACCACUUGAGCUCAUUGAAGUGCUCUAGGUGCAGUGACCCUGCCCGUAGUCCUGAAGUAAUUACAUUGCAGGGUUAAGACUUCCUGGUGGUUAGGCAACUUUUGGUUGCCUAAAUGACGCUGGAUGUCAUAACGCUCUGUGUAAGGACAUCCAGCAUCACUAAAAUUCCUAUAGGAAAUGCGUGCGCGCGCACUGGGGAUGAAGUAUGUAUCUGUGCAGGUGCUGGGGAUGAAGUAUGUAGCUGUGUGUGUGUGAACUGCUGCAAAUACACUUAUCUCUACACUGUCUAUGUAUUUGUAUGUGUAUCAGUGUGUCUGUACCUGCAUGUGUUGCAAUGUUUGUAUCUGUGUCUGUACAUCUGUAUGUCAAUGUCUGUAUCUGUAUACCUGCAUGUGUAUCAAUGUCUGUGCAACUGUAUGUAUGUCAGUAUGUGUAUCAAACACUGACACAGAUACAGACACACACUGACACGCAUACUUAUGUACAGACAUACUGAUACGCAUGCAGAUACAGACCGAGAUAUACAAAUACACACUGCCACACAUGCAGAUACAAACAUACACUGACACAGAUACAAACAUUACCCACACAGUUAAACACAGAUACACUACACAUAGAUGCGCGCACACUCAUUACUCACACAGAGAUACACAUACAAAUACACUACAGAUAGAUGCACACACCCCCUGUUUUAGAUGAUGACAGGGGUCUAUGGACAGGCCAGCCUUGAUUGUAGCAAUGCUUUCCUAUAGGGAGGGCAUAUAAUGCACAUUACCGCCCCCCGUCCGAGGACGGAGCGCCAAACCAGCAUCAAGGGAGAUCGGCAUGAAAUCGUUUAAGUACAGUAAGGGUUUAUUAAUCCUUACACAGCUGGUGGGCCAUGGGGAAAUAUAUUUUUAGGAAUACACCUUUGUGUUUCUAGCACUGUAGUAUCCCUUUAAGAUUUAUUCACCUUUAUUCGAGCGGCACCAUGUCCUGAGCUUUGUGGGUGUUGCUCUUCAUAUUACACCCAUAUAUGGUCUGCCUACUGCCUGUGAUAUGCCAUGCUUGUGAAUACUCCCAAACCUCCUCCAUGAUGCGAACACCCUUUGUGUCACAUAUGCUUAUCAAAUUUAUUGCAGAUGGGUGAUAGAAUUCCUGCAUGGAAUGUGUCAGAGGCUCUACAUAAAUGUUUUUGGUAUCUUCGUUUAAGAAGCACAUAACUACUAAAGCCCUGCCAAUUUUAGAAUGGUUUGUCUUAUUACCUUGAGUUCCACCAGGUGCUGCACCUCAUCUCCAGUACUUCAGUCCGAGAGCCUGAAGCGCUCUACUUGAGCUAAGUUGAACUUGGCUCAUAGACUGAGGGUGAUUAGUUGAUGGCUCUCCUUCAGAUGUAGUAGAGGGAAGAAGUGCACCCAGCAGGUCCUCAGGUGAAAAGUCAAACCAUUCUAAAAGGGUUUGAGUACUUACAAUGGGCAAGUACUAUAGUGGAUAUCAUGCUUGCAGUGUUUCUUUAAAAAAAAAAAAAAAAAAUUUACUCGUGCAUAAUGAUUUUGGGUUCCGUGGCAGUCUUUGCUACUUAGAUGCCUAACACAGUGAAAAUUGUAAGCUUUUUGCUUUAAAACAGGAAUGCUCUGUGUGCUAGUUAACAUAUAGUUUAUUUAAGUGUUGGUGUAUUCUUUGAGGCCAUCUUACAGUUGGAAAGAAAAUGGCACUCACGAGGACUGGACGACUUUAGGCAUGCUUGUGGUGACUUUACAAUCUGAGGAUAAGUUUGUUCAACUCAUAAUUGCAUUAUCCUAAUUUAAAAGGUAGACUUAACACAAGGUAAUCUUAGUAUUUUAUUUUGGGGGACGAAGAGUUACUUAUUUUCCAAAUAAAAUGUACCCUUUUCUUUUGAUUUUCCGAAUACAAGAAAGCCAUUUUAGGUAUUUUUUGAUAAUGAUGAUUCUAAUACUUUGUCAAUAUUCCUUUUGUAGCACAAGUUCCACUGGAGGAAGUCCCGUACGAAAGGGAGAAGAUAAACUAGAUACCAAGAGAACAGUCAUUAAGACAAUGGAGGAAUAUAAUAAUGAUAGCACUGUGCCUGCAGAAGAUGUAAUUGUAAUGGUUAAGAUUCCCCAGUCAAAAUGGGACAAAGACGAUUUUGAGUCUGAAGAUGAUGAGGCUAAGGAUGCGCCGACUUUACCUUGUGCUGGAAAGCCGAUGAGUGUGAUAACAAAGCCUCUGUCUUCUGUUAUUCUUGCUGAUAAAGAAACUAGUUUAUUAGAGAAGCCAAAAUCGACCCGGGAACAAGGAGAUGAGGGCUCGCCACUUGAUGCCAAAACUUCAAAAGAAUCCUCAGUUUCCCACACCAAGAGCAGGCUCAGUGGUAAAGAUAGCCCUGUUGAUGUGAAGGAAACAUCUAACAAAAGAAAAGGAAGUUCCCAGGCUGACAGCAGCUCUGACCGGUCAGGUCAGCACUCUUCUAAAGAGAGGUCAUCUGAGAAACCAGAUUCUAGCAGAGGCUCUUCUAGUCGAGAUUUCACUCCUAACCGUGAUAAAAAGUCUGAGCGUUCAGACAGCAGGGAUCGAAAGCUGGAUCAUGAAAGCAAAUCUAGGGAUAAAAAACAGGAACAUGAAGCCCGGGACAAAAAAAUAGACUAUGACAAAGAAAAGGAUAAAAAGGUUGAGCAUGACAAUAAAGAACGAGACCGCAGGCUAGAACACGAAGGCAAGGAAAAGAAGCCAGAGUAUGAUAGCCGGGAUCAAAGCAGUUCAAAGAGGCGAGAUGAUAGAAGAAAGGACUCUCCUAUUAGAGAUACAUCCUCAAGUUCCCAGAAAUCUAGACCCAGGGAUAUACAGACUGAAACCUCUAGGAAAGGUACAGGUGAAAUAAAAAGUAACCACAGCCCUUCACGUGAGCGGAAAGUAAAAGGCGAUAUAAAGGCUCCUGAUGCUAAACGGGCACGUGUUGAUCAAAAGCCAUCAGAAAAAUCCAGUACAAAAGAAAAGGAUAGGACCUCGUACAAAUCAAAGGGUGCCGAGGAAACCAGUGAAAAUGUUUGUUCGAACACUAGACAUACUUCACCAGACACACAAACUGACAAAGAUGUUGGUGAAAAAGACUCCCACAAAACAAAGGUUCCUCUGAACCCCUCAACACGACUGUCAACUGACCUCACGCGAGAGACUGAUGAGGCUGCUUUUGUGCCUGAUUAUAAUGAGAGUGACAGUGAAUCCUCUGUAAAACAGGAAGCAACCACAUCCCAGGAACCUCAGGAAAACAAAAAUAAGGACAGUGAAAGCACGGGCAUUAUGGAACCAGUUGACACAAACCUACCUGCCACGGCUCCAAGCAGCCCAAGUGAGAGCCGAAGCCCCAGCCCAGUUGAUUCACAAACACACAGCCGCAGCAGUAGUGUGAGCUCUGUGGGGAGUCAGGACAGCAAAAAAAGAAAGCGGAAAAAGGAAAAGAAAAAACACAAAAAGCACAAAAAACACAAGAAGCAUAAGAAGCAUGCAGGGAAUGAAUCAGAGACUGAAAAAACAGAAAAGAGUCAGAAACACAAACACAAGAAGAAAAAGUCCAAGAAGAGCAAAGAUAAGGAAACGGAGAAGGAGGAGGUUAAAGCCAAACCACCAGUAACUGAGUGAACUUCUCGAGCCCAUCACCUCAAUAAAGCAAAAGCCUUUCCCGUGUCCAAAUGUAUUAUUUGUUCCACUGAAAUGUAAACAAAUGAGCUAUGUAAAUACUGGGAAACUGUGCCACACUUAAUAUAUUGAUUUGACUUUUACAUCAGAGCUUUAUAAAGUGAUUGUUUUUGUACGGAACUGUGUGUUGUAAACAUAUUGCAUUUUUUUUUUCCCCUAAUUUUCUGGGUUUUGCAUCUGUCCAUCAGUUUGGGUGGAAUUUAAAUACUGUGAAAAUCUUGCCCAAUUGCCCUCCCCUACGAAUGUUAAUUGCCUGGUAAUUAGAAACAUGCACUGCCCUAAAGAUUUGGCUCGACUGAACAGAAGAACUGGUAAAACAACUGUCCUGUUAUGUCAAUUUUGUUUUUUGUCACCAAAUAACCAAACUACUUAAUUUACAGUUCAUUUACAACAACCGUGGAAAUUCUACACGGUAACCCAUGUAAUACAGCAUUGGGGCAUCUGGAAGGAUAAAACAACCCUGGUAUUAAUAUUGCAGCAUUUCCACUCUCCAAAAUCCAUCGGUGCAGUCAGCACUAUCAUACAGGGUAUAUUGUAAAUGUUGGAAAGUCACUACUUAACUGCUCAUAUAAACCAUAAAUUGGCAACCAAAUGUCAACCUCAUAUAGUGAGCUGGGGAUUUCCAACAUUUAUAUUUUCCACUUAGAAAACCAAAUGUUUUGGGGUUUUUUGUAUUGUUUUUCCCUCUCAUCCUGCCAAAUGCAAGCAGAAGAUUGGAAAUUAAACCCAUAAAUAUAAUUUUUUUCAGGGUUAUUCACUAAAGUCUGAAUUGUCUGAAAUUAUAAUUGAAUUUUAAGUUUUAGAUCAGAAUUGCUGAAUUGAAGAGUUUUCAGUAUGGCUGCUUAAACUUACAAUUCACACUGAAUUUCUGCCAAUUCACAAUAUAUUGAAUAUCCUUGCAAGUCCCAUUGUACAAUUUUCUGUAUACUGUUGCUCUUAUAAGCACAAUGUAAGUAUCCCAAAACAGAAAAUAACAUUUGCUGCUUCUGUCGAGUAGAUUCCGCACACUGCAUUAGCUAAUGUUUUAGUCAAAAAUUGCCUAGCUUUUACAAAUAUACUUGCCAACUUUUCAACAUUUACACAAAUGUAAAAAGGUGGCUUUUGAAAACUUGUUCUGUUCAUUUUAAGACCGUUCUCAUGUAAAUCUUCUAUUAUGCCAUUUUCUGUCCUAAAAGAUUGCUUGGUGAGUGCUCUCUAAACAAAUGUUAUGUCUGUCUUUUCACAGAAUAAUUUCACAAGUGAGCAAAAAAAUUAAAUAGGCUUUGCUGCUUGAAAAUUAGUAUGGCUGCCCUCGAGAAGCCCAUUUUCCUUUCUUACUUAAGAAAUUCAGAUUUUCUUUUUACAAUUUGGAUUUUUGGCAAACCCUGGGCCUCAAUGUUCAUUACACAGUUCAGAAUGUUGCACAUAAUUAAAACACUGUGUUAUCCUAUGCAAAACCUCUAGCAAUACACACAGGAGAGUGUUUGUUUGCAUUUUGAUCAUAAUAGCUGGAUUUGCAGCAGGUUCAAAUACAACAGUAUGCAUCAUUUCCCAGGAUUCCUAGAAUACACAGUCAGCUUUUCCGUUGGCUCACUUAUUGCAGUGAAAGAUUUUUUUUUGUUUACUGUGAGUGUACACACUAUGCCAUGAGUUGUGGUGAGCUGGUGGCAACCUACUUGCAAUAUUUUAGAUCCUUUCACAGUUGUAAACUGCUUAAGCCUAAAUUUACAAAUCAAAUGUUUAAUGCCAAAAUAUGGGGAAUAAGGCAAUGAAAGAAAGUAAUCACUUUAACCUUGAGAGAGCAUUGCCUUUAUAAAAGAUUAUAUGUUGGCUACUAAACUACAUUUUAAUACACCAAUGCAGGCUGAUUUGCUACCUAAAUUUCUUUUUUUUAUUUUUAUUUUUUAAACAUCUUUGGCUUGAGCUAUCGUGUCCUUUUAAGUUUAAUUGUACUUUCUGUAUUUUUCAGUGAUAAAGUACACUAUUCAAACCGUUAUAAAACAGAAAAAAGUCAGCUAGAGAUUGUAUCGGCCAUAUUGGAAUGGGAUUCGCUCAUGAUUGAGUUACAGAGGCACUCUCGCUUUUCAUUGGCUGUUGUACUAUCAGACAUGUCAUACAAUAGCUGAUAGAAGGGACUGCCUGUUUAGUGCAGGUGAUGCAGUUCUCCUCUUAACAGUGAUCUUUGCCAAAAUUUAGGAACCCUAUAUAUUUAAGAAGUAAAUAUCCAGUGAGACUGAGCAGUGUUCAAACUAAUCUAUGCCUGGAACCUUUGAAGACAGAAGCAGGGCAGUUUUUUUGUGUGUUUUUUUGUUUGUUUUAACUGAUAAUUUUCACUGGCAGUUGGCACUAUGCAGUGAUGGCGUACAACGCGAUAUGCCCCUUGUCUGAAAUAUAACAUUCUGUGCACAUAUAAAACAGGCAACCCUACCUCAAGUGAUGUAAAAAAUAUUUUCCCCUUCUUGUAAAUAAAUGAUAAUUGAACUAACUCUUGUCUAUUCUGGAUUAAAUUAGUUAGAAUUGUGUGCUUUAAAAUUAUAUAUUUCAUACAUGCAAAGGUUAUUAAAGUUGUAUAUAAGAAACCACAAAAACUGAUUGUUUGCGUAACGGCUGAACCAAAACAUAAAAAAAGACAAAACAAUGCUUGUGGAACAAUGUGUUCCUUUGUUUGAGAUGCAUCUUUACUAUAGUCUUUGUAUUAACCAAAUCCCACCUUGUAUGUAAUUUGGGCUGGAACUCCAGUAAUUGCCUACAUCCAUAAAGAGUCAUUUGGAGCGAAUAUAUAAUGUAUUGUUAAAUGAAAAUGUGGCCUGACAUUUGCAACGUGACAGUUUUAAUUACCUUGGUCCAUGGCAGGUUAUUCAAGAAGAAAAAUUAAAGCCCAUUAGUAAGAAUGUAGUGAUUUAUGGCAUGCAUAUUGUAUUCUGCUGUAAGGCUUGGAACAUGUAGUUUAAAAGUCAAAAGAUAGUGGUUUAAGUCCGUUUAGGGAAGAAAUGCCAUGGGACUGGCAAAAUAGCAGAGUAUGAGAAAUGUCCUAGUUCACGGUCAUUGACCUAAACAUUUAAAGUCCCACAUUAGUGAUAGUUUCUUCAAUCAGGAAGUUGUAGUCACGUGGAGGCUGCAAGAUUUUAUUUUUUAUAUAUAUGUAAUUUACCCAGCCAAGAGAGCAUUCUGUUGCAAAACUGUUUGCCCCAUUAGUGUUGAUGGGGGCCAGGGUCUUCCUGGAAUAACUACAGCGGGCUGUAUGGAAUAACACUAUGAAAUAACCCACUGAAAUACUUCAGAAAUAAAUUCUAACUAGCUAUAUACCUUGUCCCAGUGAAAUCAAAUUAUUGGUUUCAUGUUACGUGUGCGGUUUUAUCAAGCAUAUCUCUGCUAUAGUCUGGGAAAAGGUUCAAGUUCAGUUAUUCCAGUUUCUGCUCUUUUAGUGUAAAUAUAUACACCACACAAUUUUGUCACUUCAAAGUGGCUUUUGACAUUUAUUUGACCACUGUCCUUACAUGAUUUAGAAUGUGUUGUAGACGAUGUGAGUUUGAUUCUUUAUACAUACCUAAGGCUUAUUUCAGAUUUUCGACAACAAAUAAAAAUCACACCUGACUUAUCACGAUUUGUAAGACCAAAGUGUAUUAUCUGAAAAGUGGCAAAAUUUCCUUUAAAGCCCUUGAAUCCAGGUUUGUGUUGAGUGGGUAUUGAUUCUAUGAAGAUGACAGAAUUGUACAUUUCUCUGCAUUGCUUCUCUAAUCCCAACCCCGUAGGUUAGUCAUGUCCUACCAGUGGUAAAAUAAAUGGUUCCAAAAUAAAACGUAAAUGCUUAUUUUCAAUGGGCCUACCCAGCUUGGCUUCAAACACAACAGGACCUUUCAGUGAGAAGUGGACAGUGGUUGUAACCAAAUAAAAAGAUUUGAGAAUUAAAAGAUGUUUUCAAAAUGUAUUUUGUUCCUGAACUAUAGAAACUAAAUUGGAAGGUCUGACUAUUUAUAUGGUAAGUCUUGUUAGCUUCAUUGUCAACCUUCACAAUUUUACAACUUUAUAAAAGUCCAUAUAUAUUUCAGACAUACAUUGGGCAAGGUUUAUUAGUCCACACACAUUACAUUUCCAGGAGCC